AGCUGGUCCAUCCUAACUUGAAUGGCCAGCUCCCUCUCAUACCCUUCUCCGCUCAUACCUCCCCAGCAACACGAUGGCUGUGCGCGCGUCCGAGUGCUGCAGCGACUCUCCCAUAACUUCGACCGUGCUAGGACCGAUGUGGCUAUCGGCCACCGUCUCCUAUCGUAUCCCGACCCCUCCUCGGCUCUCGCCUUCUUCCUCUCCCUCCCCUACAUCCCCACCACUCCCUUCCCCUACAACGCACUGCUCCGCACUCUCUACCGCUCUCGCGCCCACCACGAUGUCCUCUCCGCCUAUGCCCUCUUGCGCUCCCGCUCCGUCACCUGCGACCGCUUCUCACUCCCCCUCGCCCUCCGCUCCGCCUCCGCCCUCACCUACAUCCCUGUUGGCCUUGACGCUCACUCCCUUGCCAUCAAGACCUGCCUUUCUUCCUCCCUCUCCAUCGUCACUGCCCUCGUCGACUUCUACUGCUCCUGUGGCCUUCCAUUCUAUGCUCGUCAGCUCUUCAACCGCGCUCACCCUCGCGACGUCGUUCUCUGGAACACCAUGAUCACUGGACUAGUCAAAUGCGGUCAGUUUCAUGACGCCCAGGACUUGUUCGACCAAAUGCCUGAGAGGAACAUCUCCUCUUGGAACACCUUGAUUGAUAUGCACUGUAAGAUGGGCAAUAUUGAUCGCGCGAGGAUUUUGUUUGAUGAAAUGCCUGAAAGAGAUGUUAUCUCAUGGAACACGAUGAUUUCCGGGUAUGCAAAGAUGAGUGACUGUGAUGCUGCUAGAGAGCUGUUUGAUGUAAUGCCGAGUAGGGAUUCAGUUUCAUGGAAUGCCAUGAUCACUAGUUGUGUGCACAGCCGCCGGUUUCAUGAGGCGCUGAGUUUGUUCAGAAUGAUGCAGAGUGAGGGUGCCCGGGCUGAUGGGAUGACUGUUGUUGCUCUGCUACUGGCUUGCACUCAUUUGGGCGCAUUGGAUUUGGGCAAGUGGAUGCACAGAUACAUAAGAAGGUACAAAAUCAAGAUGGAUGUGUUUGUCACCACGGCACUUAUCAACAUGUAUGGGAAAUGCGGUAGCAUUGAUGAUGCUCACAAGGUGUUUGAUCUUUCGACAAACAAAGAUGUGUUCUUGUGUGCCACAAUGAUUGAGGUAUCAGCCAUGUAUGGAAGAGUCGAGGAAGUAUUCGAAGUCUUUGAUUCCAUGAGAAGUGCGGGUAUUAAGCCAAAUGAUGUGACCUUCGUCGGUCUUUUGAAAGCUUGUGCUCAUGUAGGGCUAGUUGAGACAGGGAUGAAGUAUUUUGAUAUCAUGAUGAGAGAUUUUGGAUUAACACCGAAAAUGGAGCAUUAUGGUUGCAUGGUUGAUUUGUUUGGUAAGGCAGGGCGUUUGGAUGAGGCUUUUGAACUGAUUCGGAGCAUGCCAAUGGAGCCUUCUCCUGUGGUUUGGUCUACUUUGCUUAGUGCUUGCAAUAUUCAUAGUAAUGUGAGCCUAGCCGAAGAGGUGGCGUGUCAUCUUAUAGAGUUGGAGCCAGAAAACUGUGCAAACUAUAUACUUCUAGCCAACAUAUAUUCAAAGGCUAACAAGUGGGAUAAAGCUGCAAAGACAAGAACGUUGAUGAAGGAGAAGGGUGUUGUGAAGACACCAGGAUGUAGUUUGAUUGAGGUGAACAACAGAGUUCAUGAAUUCUUCGCUGGUGAUAGAGAUCAUCCCCGUGGAGAAGAGAUAUACGAGAUGCUGAACAACAUGGCUGUGAAGUUGAAAAGAUUAGGUUAUGAACCAUGCAUGUUUUCAGCACUGCAUGAUGUUGAUCGCGAAGGGAAAGAACAAGCUCUUUUGCAUCAUAGUGAGAAGCUAGCUCUCGCGUUUGGUCUUAUAACAACUGAAAAAGGAUCUGCGGUCAGGAUAGUGAAAAAUCUAAGGGUUUGUGAUGACUGCCAUCUAUUCUUGAAGCUUGCUUCCAAGUGCUAUGGUAGGAAGAUCAUCUUGAGGGAUUACCAUAGAUUUCACCAUUUCAGUGAUGGUUCUUGUUCAUGCUCCGAUUAUUGGUGAACCAUUUGACAUCAUUUUCACCAUGAAAAUCCCAA